GUGACCUUUGUUUUGAUAGCAUACAAGGCGCGUUUGUAAUGCACACAUGCUUUUGAGUUUAGUUCAUUUCUUUAAACGUAACCUCCUCUUAUACGAGGACAUUAUUUGUGUAGUGCGGUCUUUUUAGCACAUUAGCAUCACGCUAUCCACAACAAUAACCGCAAAAUGUCGGGAUUUAGCGCGGAGCUAAUAGACUACCUGGAAGGGAGAAUCACUUUUGAAGAGUUUGACAGGAGGAGAGACGAGCGAAAAACUGCGCUGGGCACCCAAGCAUCAGAAGCAACAGAGGAUGAGGAGAAGGAGCCUGCACCGUCCACAUCUUCUGCACUCACUGAGAAAAUUGAGGGAGUCAGCCCUGGUGUCCAGUUGGCGUUUGCCUCCAUCCUGGGACAGUCCCAACCAGAGCCCUCUUCAGAAGAUGAGGAAGAUGAUGCAGAAGAGGAAGACGAAGAAGAGGAAGAGGAAGAUGGUGAUGCACUGAGCUAUGUGGACGAUGUCAACGAUGAAGACUACAAGAUGGAAGCAGAGGAGACCCAAGAAAAAGAGCAGGGUGUGAUAGAGGGUGAAGGGAAAAAGAAGGCAAGGAGCGGAGGCAGAAAGAAAGACAGGAGGAAGAGGAUAACUGAGGAGGAUGGAGAGAAUCCUACAGCUGGAGAUGUGUUCGCUCUGGAGAUGGAACUGAACCGAGAGAGCAAGAAGCUGAUGAGGGAGCGCCGUAAUCGUAGCAAACUUCCUCGUGCUCUCAGAGGCCUCAUGGGAGAAGCCAACAUCCGCUACGCCAGAGGAGAAAAGAGUGAUGCUAUUCUAAUGUGCAUGGAAAUCAUUAGACAAGCUCCUAUGGCCUAUGAGCCCUUCUCCACCCUGACCAUGAUCUACGAGGACGAGGGGGACAUGGAAAAGGCCCUGCAGUUUGGCCUGAUUGCUGCCCACCUCAACCCCUCCGACUGUGACGAGUGGAUCAGACUGGCUGAAAUGUCCUUGGAGCAAGACAACAUCCGUCAAGCCAUCGUCUGCUACUCUAAAGCCAUCAAGUAUGACCCCACGAAUGUGCGUUACUUGUGGGAGCGCUGUAACCUGCACAUGCGUCUCGGGGAACACAGGCCGUGUAUGGAUGGCUACCGCAAAAUCCUGUCUCUGCUGCCCAUGGAGGAGGGAGAGCACUUCAUGCAGCUCUCCAAAGACAUGGCCAAGAGUUACUAUGAGAGCAAUGACCUCCCUGCUGCUCUGGGGGUGAUGGAGGAAGCCCUCACUCGCCACCCUGAUCUGGUCAGUGAUGACAUCGUCAACAUGGCGGGCGAGCUCUACAUCGCCAACAAACAGUACAACAAAGCAGUAGAGAUUCUGGAGAAGUUUUCAGGAGUUCAGGUGGUAAGAAGUGAACCUACAUCUGAACCCAAGCCUGAACCUAAUCUUGAACCUGAACUUGAAAUUAAGCCUGAUCCUAAACCUGACCCUGUAGCACAGACAAGUACAGAGGAGACUAGGACCAAUAAAGAUGCUGAAAGAGCAGAGCUGAAAAAUAUGGAGGGGAACUCAACGGAACAAUAUGGUAAAAUUACAGAGGUGCAGGUUCCAGACAGCGUCCCUGUAGAUCUGAAAGCCAAGCUCAUUGUCUGCCUCAUUCACCUGCACGUCUUCAGCCCCCUGGAGGGUCUGGUGGCUUCGCUAAUUGAACAAAGUGCAGAGGAAAUCGGGGACUUGUAUCUGGAUGUGAGUGAAGCAUAUUUGGAGGAGGGGCAGUAUCUCCUAGCCCUGCCCCUGCUCACCUCACUGGUCAUAUCCGAGAAGUACAACCUGGCUGUGGUCUGGCUCCGGCACGCUGAGUGUCUGAAGGCACUGGGUCACAUGGACGCUGCUGCCGACAGUUACUCUAAAGUGGUGGAGAAGGCCCCUCAGCACCUCGAGGCCCGUCUGUCUCUGGCCACUCUCCUGCAGCAGCUGGGACGCCCCAAAGAGGCCCUGAAAGCUCUGGAGCCCAUGUACGACAGUGAGACGCUAGCACAGGACUCCUCCGCUGCACAGAAGGAGCUAAAGCUGUUACUGCAUCGUUCAACAUUACUCAAGACACAAGGACAAACCGAAGGCUAUUUAGAUUCAAUGAUCAGUAUGAUCUCCAUGCUGCUGAAGGUGGCCAUGCAGCGCGCUAAAGUGUCUGUCCGCUGUGUAAACAUAUCUGGAGAGACUCACCUGAGGCUGGUGAAGGCCCAAGCCCCAGAACCAGAGAUCACAGACCAUGAAGCGGCCUAUCUGGACAACACUGGUAAAACCAAUGUGCUGUCUAAAGAGGACUGGUGGCAGUUGCUGUUGAGUUGCCUGUUCACUCUGUGUGAGGUUCACCGGUACGAGGAGACGGACCUGCUCGUGGAGUCCGCCAUGGAAUUCUACUCUUUCUAUGACAACAAGGAGAAGAGGAGGGAGCUGGAGUUCAUCGGCCUGUCCGCCACUAUCCUGGACCAGAACCACUACAAAGCAUACAACUACAUCAGAUUGAUGUUAAUGGAAAAUGUUAACCUGCCUCAGCUUUGGAAUAUUUUUAACCAGUUGACUUCCAAGUCCUUGCACCAGCGCCACCAUCGGUUCUGCCUGAGACUGCUGCUGAAGUACCCUGAUAACCACGCUCUGAGUGUGCUGUGUGGACACAACGCCAUGGUGUCUGGGAGCUUCAAACACGCCCUGGGCCAAUAUGUCCAGGCAUUUCAAACCCAGCCCAAAACUCCUCUGUACAGUUUGUGCUUAGGGUUGACUUACUUCCACAUGGCUUGUCAGAAAUAUGUGGCCAAGCGUCAUGCUCUAGUCCUACAGGUGACCUAUAGUUACAUUUCACAAUUGCAUGGGUCCACUGUUUUGAAAAUACCUGUAAGCUUGUUUGUUUCAGGGUUUCUCCUUCUUAUGGCGGUAUGUGGAACUGCGUGGAGAGUGCCAGGAGAGCAUGUACAACAUUGGGAGGGCGUUGCACCAGUUGGGCCUCUCUCAUUUGGCUAUUCAUUACUAUCAGAAAGCACUGAGUCUGCCAUCAGAGAAACUAGAGGGAAUAGAAGAAGACCAGGUGGAUCUACGAAGAGAAAUUUCCUUCAACCUGUCCCUCAUCUAUCAGGCCAGUGGAAACAUGGAGAUGGCCCAUCAGCUAAUAAGAACAUAUUGUGUUGUUUAAAAUACAAUAGCUCACAAUAGAUGGACUCUUUAAAAGGUUUAGAUAUUUAAAAGUGUAAAAACUUUGUAAAUAGGUUAAUUAUUUUCAGUAUUGUUCAGUCCUGUUGUUUACUGUAAAUUUGUAAAUAUGUAUAAAGCGUAAUUAUAAUUUGGGUUAGCCUUGUGUAUAUGACAUACUUUCUUUGUUAGGGCCUGGAUUAUGACAGAUUAUUUGUCACAUAUAAUCCUCUCUUCUAUUACCUCUGUCUGCGCUGAUCAGUCUUCAUCUUUUGUGGUUCUCCCCAUCAUGCUGUAAUUGUGCCAACCCUGUUUUUCAACAAUAUACUGAAAAAGAAUUUGAAAGAAAAUGUUAUCUUAAAAGGCUCAUAUUAAGCUAUUUUCUGGUCUAUAUUAUGAAGUUGUUUUCUCAUCACAAA